UCGAACCUCUUUACAAACAACCUCUGUUGACGUAGCCAUUAAUUAAAUGUGUCGAAAAAGGCAGAAACGGGAAUUAAUGUGCGUUUUUGGGGAAGGCCGAUCCAAUUUGCAUAUAUCGAGCAACUGCAUCCAAAACGUGAUUAGGAGAGAUGGCUUGGUUGGGGGUCGAUGCCUGGCCUGGUGCGAUUGUAAGCGAACGGGUUCAAGUUCUAAUUGGGAGUUCAUUAAAGGGAAUCGUAAAGUAAAUUCGCCGGCUAUAACAAGCCACUUUGUCGGACAGGCAGCCUGCCGGUUUUUGGUUUAUAAUCCAUUUAACUGACUCAACUGCUGACGGUCUAAAGUCAAAUUCUGUCAGGCUGAGACGCAAAAGCGGUUUACGGCAACAAAAACAUGAUACAUUUCAAUUGACGAAAGUGACUAUAUAAGUGGCAUCGUGCGCGGCUAAAUGGAUCAGUACUCAAUUGUGUUCGCCGCCAGCAAUUAUGGAGCUAACUCUCGCCCUCGUCCUGCUCUUCGGAUGUGCCGCCACCUAUGGACACGCCCCCGAUUUACCCUCGGGCAUCCAGAGGUGCGCCAUCAGCGACGAGCAGUGCCUGGAGAACGGAGUGAACCACGUGCUGAGGAACUACGCGCAGAGCGGCAUCAAGGAACUCGGUUUGAUUCCACUCGAUCCGCUGCACGUGAAGAAGUUCAAAAUUGGCCGUAAUCCGCACAGUCCGGUUAACAUUGAUCUGAGCUUCCACGAGAUGGACAUCGUGGGUCUUCACCAGGGCGUCGCCAAGCGCGUGAGCGGAUUCACCACUGAUCUCAGCCGCUCCAUUGAACUGGUCAUGGAUGUGCCAGAAAUUGCAGUCCGCGGACCCUACUCAGUGGACGGAAGAAUACUCAUACUGCCCAUUACCGGCAAAGGCAAUGCCGACAUUCGCCUAACUAAAACGAAGGUACGUGCACUGAUCAAAUUGAAGCGCGUCUCCAAGGGCGAUCAUCAAACGUACGCCGAGGUGGUGGACAUCAAGGUGGAGCUGUAUCCCGCCCAUGUGACUUACCAUCUGGAGAAUCUGUUUAACGGGCAGAAGGAUCUGAGCGAGAACAUGCACGCCCUCAUCAACGAGAACUGGCAGGACAUCUUCAAUGAACUGAAGCCGGGCAUUGGAGAGGCCUUCGGACUGAUAGCCAAGUCUGUGCUGGACAGGAUCUUCGGUAAACUGACGCUGGAACAGCUCUUUGUGGUCUAAGACCUUAGUACAAAUACAAUAAUUAGUCGAAACACAGUCGUGAAUAUUUAUUUGACUUUCAAAAUACAAAUGCAAAGCAAAUAGUUCACUGUUAAGUUCCUCAUACAAAUAAAACGUAGUUUCAAAAUAAAUUCAGGCACUCAAUCUUAUUGCUAGACUAUAAGUAAAAUACAGAUUUAUAAAAGAGAAAACUAGCAUCGUUUGUAACAUUGCCAAAUAAAUGUGAACACAUUUAAAAUAUAUCGAAUUGGAUUGUACAAAAUU